AAUAAAAAUUUCCUUUUCCAAAAUUGCUUUUCGGAUGAGGAUAUGAGGUGAGGCUUUAUUUUGUUUUUAUAAAACCUAGAGAAGCCUCAUCCUUUACUACCCUCAUCCUUUUCUAAAAAAAGACAAAGUAUAUACGGGAAGGUUUUGAGGGUCUAUUAUUACCAUGUGAUGAUUUUCUUGCAAUAAAUUAUGGGUACCACCCCUAGCAUGGAUUAUUAUUUGCAGUUACCUUUCUACUGUCAAAAAUCCUAAAAUCCCUCUUAACAGUUUUCUAGAAUCCCCCAAUACCUUGCUUUAGUCUUUGCUGCGAUUGUGUGGAAGCCGGUGCAGGCACAGUGGCAGGGAUGAGUAUCCAUGGCCUCAAAAUACGAGCAAUUUCCCUCGCUAAGCAACACCACGCUGUUAAAAAUCUAAUGCACCCUGCUCGAUGCCCGCCACUGCCUUCCCUUUCCUGGCCAACCCGCUGACUGUCAUCACCAACUUAUACAAUGCCGUCGAUGGAUCGUCGAGAAGCAAGAGGCUUAGAUUUGGCCCAUCGGCGAUGAGACUUCCUGUGAUCUAAUUUUCCAUCCAGGCGCUCAAAAGAGUGGUUUUGCUGCUACUAGAUGGGCGCCAGGAUUUCGCCGGGCGGGCGAGACUAUACCCGUUAUUCCUAUAAGCAAUGUGCAUUCUUCUCUUGAUUUUCUAGAUGGUUUUUGGCCGAUCAGAUUUCUGCUCCCUGUGCUCUCCGUUGAUUGUAACUUACUGAUGUCCGAAAACUGCAAGGAGGAAGUCGAAAAAACCAGCCAAUUUUUAGAGAGAUGCAGGGAGAUUGUAACGCAGGUUUUCUAGAGAAAGAAGUGCAAGUGUGCGUUUGCAUAGAGAAGAGAGUGGUGCCUCCGGAUUAGAACUCCAGCAGUGGGGAGUUUUGGAAGGUUGUGAAUAAGCAGAGAGAGAACAGGGGGAUUUCAUAGAGCUGACAGGGAACAAUCUCGUAGCGGUUGUAUUAGAUAUAAAUGGGCUCACAGUAUGCAUGACUUUCUUAUGCUUGAGAUGCAAGUGAUAAAUAUGCUUACCAGUAACACACGGAGGCUUCUUAUGCAACAUGAACUGAGGAAAAACAAUGAUCGAACCGAAAAGCAAUGAUCAAACCGAAGGCUUAGCUCUUGUGAGGUGGGUUUAGUUUCAUUUCAUGGAAGCAUCAUUUUUCGCCAUUAAUUUGUGCUGAAACCAUGGAAUCAGACCUCAUACCUGCAAAUGCCAAAGAAUCCAUUCCCACCAUUAACCCACAUCCACUCCAAGCAAAUCCACGCCCACCUUAUCAAAUCCAACCAAACGCAUUACCCAUCCUCCUCCAUAACCAACCUUCUCCUUUCUUACUCAUUCCACAACCUCCCCUAUGCUUCCAAACUUUUCUCUCUCCUCCAAAACCCAAGUACGUUUCUCUGCAACACCAUCAUAAGAGCACACUCAAACAGCUCCACCCCACUUCUUGCUUUCUCUACCUACAAGCAAAUGCUUCAUUCUAGCAUCCCCCUAAAUACCUACACUUUCCCUUUCUUACUCAAUGCUUGUGCCCAUGCACCAUCAUUAACACAGGGGAGGUGUAUCCAUGCUCAAGCUUUUAAGCUUGGAUUGCACCCAAAUGUGUUUGUCGACAAUGCUUUGAUGCAAAUGUAUGGUCGAACCUGUGAAUUGGACUUCGCAAGACAAGUGUUUGAUGAAAUGCUUGAAAGAGAUUUGGUUUCUUGGAACACCAUGAUUGGUGGCUAUGUGUAUGGGGAGAACUUUGAUAAAGCAAUCAGGCUUUUCGAAAGGAUGAGAGAAGAGAAAGUGACGGGGAACGAGGUAACUGUAGUGAAUGUUCUAUCAGCUUGUGCUAGAGCAAAGGAUUUAAGGAUGGGUAGGCAUAUGAAUGAGUACAUUCGUGCGUAUGAUGUGGAGUUUAAUGUGAUUGUUGGGAAUGCUUUGAUUGAUAUGUAUGCAAAAUGCGGGAGCUUGGAGGAUGCAUGUGCGGUUUUUGAUGGCAUGUUAGAGAAGAGAGAUGUGUUCUCAUGGAACUCGAUGGUUUCGGCAUAUGUUAGGCAUGGUUCGAUCGAGAUGGCUCGUGUGCUUUUUGAUGAGAUGCCUGAGAGAAAUGUGGUUUCAUGGACCUCGAUGAUAGCAGGCUAUGCUCAAAAUAAACAACCUGAGGCAGCAAUCUCUCUUUUUAAAGAGAUGCAAUUGGCUGGAGUAAAGCCUGACGAAGUAGCGAUGGUUAGUGUGCUUUCUGCUUGUGCAGAUUUAGGGGCACUUGAUCAAGGGAGAUCGAUACAUGUUCAUGUGAGCAAGAAUGGAAUUCGAGUUAGUAGUAUCCUUGGUGCCGCACUGAUUGACAUGUAUGCCAAGUGUGGGAGUGUUGAGGAGGCGUUCAAAGUCUUUCACAGGUUAUCUGAGAGAGAUGUGAACCCAUGGACCACUAUGAUAAAUGGUCUAGCCAUGCAUGGGCAUGGUGAGUCAUGCUUGGGUUUAUUCUCGAGCAUGGAGAGAUCAAAUACCAAGCCCAAUCAGAUUACCUUUGUGGGUGUUCUUUCUGCAUGUAGCCACACUGGGCUUGUCGAUGAGGGUUUCCGGCACUUCUGUCGAAUGAGUGAAGUUUAUGGCAUUGAGCCUUGCAUUGAGCAUUAUGGGUGCAUGGUGGACCUUUUGGGGCGUGCCGGUCUUUUGACGGAAGCUCAAGAUUUUAUUGAGAAGAUGCCAAUUAAACCCAAUGCUGGGAUUUGGGGAGCCCUAUUGGGUGCCUGUCGGAUCCAUGGCAAUGUUGGGGUUGCCGAGAGAGCAGCUAGGUUUCUCAUUGAGUUGGAGCCUCACCAUGGGGGCCGAUAUGUGCUCAUAUCGAACAUAUAUGCGGCUGCAAAUAGGUGGGAUGAGGUCACAAAGGUGAGGAAGAUGAUGAAAGACAGGGGAAUUGAAAAGGCUCCUGGGUGGAGUUGGAUAGAGAUAGAUGGAGUUGUCAGCCAAUUCAUUGUGGGGUUCCAGUCACACCCCCAAGCAGAGGAAAUAAAGUCAAUGUUGGAUGAGAUAGGAAUGAGGCUCAAGGAAGUUGGAUAUGAACCCCAAACAACACACACCCUAUUUGACAUAGAGGAGGAAGAGAAAGAGCAUGCACUCUACUAUCACAGUGAGAAGCUGGCUAUUGCAUUUGGGCUUAUUAAUACAAAGCCGAAGAUGCCGAUUCGGAUCAUGAAGAACCUACGUGUUUGUGGUGAUUGUCACACUGUGACAAAGCUCAUCUCUAAGGUUUAUGAUCGAGUGCUCAUCGUUCGUGAUAGGAAUAGGUUCCAUCAUUUUGUAAAUGGGUCUUGCUCUUGUAAGGAUUACUGGUAAAUGUUUGAUGAUAAUUCAUUAAUGGUUAUUGUUUUGGGCCAAUAACUUUCUUGUUAUUGUGGGCUUGUGCAAGACUAUUAAGUUCAGCUUGAGGGCUGUUAUGAGCAGCAAGGUGACCAGGUAAUUUGGGGUGUCUUAAGGUUUCGUAGUUCUCUUUAGGAGGAGGCAACUGAACUGUUAUGUCUGUCUAACUUCAU